UCCCUUAGGGAACCGAUAUUUCAUUCACGUAGGUAUGUGUAUUUGUGUGUGUAUACAUGCUUAUACAUAUACAUAGGUAUUUAUACACAGACAUAUAUGUGUGUCACUUCUGCGCAAGCGCAUUAAGGGUUAAUACUAUUUCCAAACCAUUUUUCUUUGAGUCUUGUCUUUCUUCUCGCAAUAUCCUCCUUUAUAAAACAUUUCCGUAUUUAAUAACGAAACCACUAUAUCUGUUCAUAUUGUAUGUCUUCGUCAACAUUUAAUUGAAUUAUCACCCAACCCUCCAUCGUACGAUAUAACCGGAAAAACUGAAGGAUUCCAACCAAACAUCGAUAUGAAAUAAUUGCCGGAUAAUCGAGAAAACACCUUCACUUAAUCAAAUAACAUUCAUGGUUAAAGGAUUGCUUACAGCAGAGUCAUCAUACGUCAUCAAUAUUUAUCAUCUUAUGAAGACUCAAGGAAAUACAUUACUGAAGUGAUAUAAUCUGCUUAUGUAAAUCUCUGGUGAAUUACAUCAUCCUCAUUGUUUAAUGUCCGCUUUCCAUGCUAGCAUGGGUUGGAUGGUUUGACUUGGGGCUGGCGAACCAGAUGGCUGCACCAGGCUCCAGUGAAAUACAUUUUCUGAAUGGCGAUUUAUAGCAACAUUUUUUCUUGGAAUUUUUAAAUGAUAAACUAAAUUUGGACAAAUUUACAAAGGAGUUUUCAGCCCCUUCAAAUCUCAACAUAGAUCAGAAUUGAUGGAAAUAUAACAGCAGAAAUAUCUGUUAUGAAUAAAAUAUGUUGUAAUUCAGCAAGUAUUUUCUCCUGUAGCCCCAGGCCAACUGAAUCCUUGUGAGUGGAUUUCAGAGACAAAACUGAAAAACGACUAUCAUCUAUAUGUGUGUAUGUGUAUCUCUCCACUUCACAUCUGGUGUGAAUUUAUUCUCUGUAUCUUGGCAGUUCAGCAAAAGAGACCAUUGCUAUGAGUGUCAGACUUAAGAAGACUUUGACUAAAACCCUACAAGGCAGUUGCCUCAGCGUGGUUGCUAACCAAUAACUGAAACAAGUAAAUAGUAUUCUGGUGGGAAAAGGAAAAUUAUGGAAAAUAAAUUAUGUGAAAACGCAGUUGAAUUUAAACCUGUUGAUUUUCCUGAUAAUAUAAAGAUAGAGAAAAGAGAGACACCUUAUCAGUGCAACAUAUGUGGUAGGUCGUACUCUGAUAAAGAUAACCUCAAUAAUCAUAAAUGUAUUCAAACGGGAGAGAAGCCAUAUCAUUGUGAUGUCUGUGGUAAAUCAUUCUGUCAGAAAGUUAAUUUAACUGUUCAUGUUCGCAUCCAUACAGGAGAAAAGCCGUAUCACUGUGAUGUCUGUGGUAAAUCAUUCUCUGUAGGAAGUACCUUAACAAAACACAAACGUAUUCAUACAGGAGAGAAACCGUAUCACUGUGAUGUCUGUGGUAAAUCUUUCUCCGGAAGUAGCAACUUAACUCAACAUAAACUCUUUCAUACAGGUGAGAAACCAUAUCGCUGUGAUGUGUGUGGCAAAUCCUUUUCAAAAAGUCCACACUUAACUGUACAUAAACGUAUUCACACAGGAGAGAAACCAUAUCAGUGUGAUAUCUGUGGUAAAUCAUUCCCUGGAAGUGGUCCCUUAAUAAUUCAUCGACGUAUUCAUACAGGAGAGAAGCCAUAUCACUGUGAUAUCUGUGAUAAAUCGUUCUCCCAAAGUACACAUUUGACUGUCCAUAGAAAUAGUCACACAGGAGAAAAACCAUAUCAGUGUGAUAUCUGUGGUAAAUCCUUCUCAAAAAAUCCAUACUUAACUAUACAUAGACGUAUUCACACAGGAGAAAAGCCAUAUCAGUGUGAUAUCUGUGGUAAGUUAUUCCCUGGAAGUAGUGCUUUAACCACUCAUAAACGUAUUCAUACAGGAGAGAAACAAUAUCACUGUGAUAUCUGUGAUAAAUCGUUCACACAAAGUGCACAACUGACUGUACAUAAACGUGUUCACACAGGAGAAAGGCCAUAUCAGUGUGAUAUCUGUGAUAAAUCAUUCUCAAAAAAUAAAUAUUUAAGUACUCAUAGGCGUAUUCACACAGAAGAAAACCCAUAGUGUGAUAUCUGGAAAAUCAUUCUCUG